AGCAGCUACAGGAGGCGUGCUUGUCCCUUCACAGGAUCACAGCAGGAACACCGGAGCAGCGGCUAUAACCGAGCUUUGGACACCGGGAAACAGAGCCUUAUUUAGGGGGGCGCCUCCCAAACUCCUAAGCGAUGGCAUUUAUGGAUCGAUCAUCGGGAACGCGUUAAGGUGAUGCAGUCUCUGUUCGGUGGAGGGGAGAUGGGGCUGCUGGGAGGAGGCGGCGAUGCAGGAGGCCUGAAGGAGGACGGAUGCGGCAGCGUGGUGUGGCACUCCUCACCCCUGCCCCCCGACGACGUCUACUCCGCCUCCCAUUUCGCCCUUAUCACCGCCUAUCAGGACAUCAAGACCAGGCUGGUGUGCCUGGAGCGUGAGAACACCAGCAUCAAGAGGAAGCUCAAGAUCUAUGAGAUCAAGUUCCCUAUGAUCAAUGAGUUUGGGGAGGAUACCAACUCCUACUGCUCCUUUGAGAGCAAAGAGACGGCGCUGCUGCACUCCGAAAAUGGCAAUCUGCAGCAGAGAGUCAACGUCCUGACCCACGAGCUCCAGAAGAGGAAGGAGAGAGAGGAGCAGCUGGAGGAUGUGAUCCAGGCCUAUGAGAAGAUUCACAUGGAGAAGAGCAACCUCCAGAGGGAUCUCGACAAGAUGACCAGCCUGGUGGAGAAGCACGUGGAGCGUAUCCUGGGCCUGGAGUCUGCUCUGAGGCAGAGGGAGAACUCUCUGCAGAAACUCAACAUGCAGCUGCACAGCAAAGACAUGCAGUACCUGCAGCUGCACGCCGGCCCCGAAGCACACAUGCUGGACUGUCCUGCUUUGACCCUCCAGAGCUCCCGUAGCCUGGAUGCGCUGUCCGACCUGAAGCUGCAGCGGCUGGAGGCAGAGCUGGAGGGGGCACGGCACGAGGCCCAGGGGGCUUGUCAAAGGGAGGAGGAGCUGAAGGGGGAGUGUGAGAGGCUGAAGGAAGACAUGAGGAUGCUGCAGAACAGCCAGAGGGACAGGGAAAUGACUUCUCCGUGCAAGCAGUGUGAUGUGGAGUGGAUAAAGAAGGUGGGAGAUGAGCAGGUGAAUUUGGCUCUGGCCUACACCGAGCUGACGGAGGAGUUGGGACGCCUCCAGGCGCUGAGCUCCAAGCAGACGGAGAUCCUCAGGAAAGCGUCACAGGAGCAGGCUAGCCCAGUCCAGCGUCACUCUCCUAUCCACCACCAGCGCCACUCUCCAGUGUCUCAGCGCCACUCGCCCAUCUCUCAGCGCCACUCUCCAGUCCCUCCUCCGUCACACCACUCCCCCAUCCAACAGAGGCGCUCCCCUGUGCUGCAGCGCCUAUCCCCAGACAUGCACCGCCGCUCCCCACUACUGGACGUCAACGACGGACCGGCCUCUUACUCCUGCCGGCCCCCCAGCCAGCACCUGAGGGCCAGCUUCCAGGGCCGGCGCAGUUACUCCGAGGUGUCAGACCCCUCUGCUUACCACUGCCCGCCCCGCUUCUCCCUGGACCCUGUCUCCACCCUGCCUAAGCCUCGGCCCUACAUUGACGGCUACGCGAAACAGCAGGCCCAACAUGUGGGCUCUCCUCACGGAGGACUGCAGCACAGAGGCUCCCCGUCACACCAUCAAGGCGGUGCAGGAGGGGACGGGGGCCUCGGAGAGACUUCCAUGCGCCACUCAAGAGAGAUGCCAUUCCCACUGUCUGAGGUGGCCCACUUGCAUUUUGAGCCUCUUCCUCCUUCAACACCGGCCCGCCAGCCUCCACAGUCCUCUGAAGAUGAGGAAGAAUGGAACUGCCCGCAUCCCAUUAGCCCCCCGCGGACACUUGGCGUGCUCUCUUCUACAGUGCCCAGUGGCGUCAUGAGGGGCCCUGCGUCCUGCUCCGUCUUCCCCAUCCCUCAGAGGUCUAACACCCUCAGCUGCCACCCGCAUCCUGGCUACAUGUCAGCAGAGCAUGCUCAGUCCUGGCCCUCCAUCAACCUUUGGAUGGAGACGGAGGAGAGCGACAUGCGGAGCUGCCCCCUCUGCCAGCUGAUAUUCCCCGUUGGUUACCCUGACGAUGCCCUCAUCAAGCACAUUGACUCCCACCUGGAGAACAGCAAGAUCUGAUUGCCAUGACAACCAGCCUGCGCAUACACCUCUUAUAGAUUAUGUUAGAGAAUUUGCAGCCCUGGCCAGAUGGAAAGUCAAAACACAGAAACAUCAGUAAGCUUUAUGAGAUAGUCUCUUUAGAUGGGAACGCAAAAUGGGCGCACAAUUUAUGAGGUACUUCAACACGAGUCUAUCCUGGAUUCCACAUGCAGAGUCCUUAAAGACAGCUCUGCCUGUAUAAUCACUGGUUCUGGUUGCUGCUGUUUUGUUAUGAGUCUUGUUGUGCGGUUUGAGGCAGUUUCAGGUAUCGUGAUGUUGUUCGCUUCACAGUGUAGUACACUUUGAUUUAGCAAAGUAAUCCAAAGACGAUUUAUGAGAGCUGGCAGGUUCAGGGGCUCUGCAUGUAAACAAAAUCUAGUUUCAGUGUUCAUCAGGGAGAUCUGAGGCAUCUUUCUACUGUUCUCACCAUUUAGUUUUAAAUACUGUAUACCCAUUCGGCAUUUUAAAACCCAAACAAACAGUUUAUGUUACAGAGGUUUCUGUGCGGCAGGUGCCAAGGAUAGUGAUCUGGAUGCUGGUUUAUUGUAUCGGUCUGCCCUAAUGAAUGAUUAGUCAUAAGAGUGAAGAUUUUCUGAUGUUGACCCGAGUAAAGAACGACACUGUGAAGGAACUCUGAUUGCUGAUCAAAGUUUGAUGCCAGGUCACUCUCACUUCUCUAAAAUAAGGUUUAUUUUUCCGUUCAAGAAAGUGCAAAACAUUCCAGUCUCAUUUGGCCUACUAACAAAUCAAGCUGGGGAAUAGGAAUGUGAAAGAAUGUUUGGAUAAGCCCAAAGGCGGUUUUAACCUGAACAGAGUUAUGAUGCCCUGCAGGGCGGGGCACUGGUGUUGAUGUGUCUUCUAUACAGGUGUAGGGAUAUUUUUAUUCAGAAUGUACCUUUAUGCUUGUGGCUUGUUAAAAAAUCUAAUUAACUCAGCACUUUAAGUUGGCUAAGCCUAUACAAUGUUUCCGUUUUCAGUCCCUGUGUAUAUUUUCCAUUUAUAAUUUACUAUUUAUAUUGUCUAUCUGUAAGGCAAAAAAAUAUUAAAAUAUAUUUUUGCAAAUGUUAA